GAGGAAGUGAGCAGAGCUCGGCUAGCAGCUAGCGCGUUAGCUUGACGGGUACAGAGCGAAACAGACCAUUGUACCAAGUUGGUUCUAUCACACGAAGGGAGAUAUACAUCUGCAGUGGCAGUAUUGAUUUUGACAAGUAGAGUUAGGUGCGAGGCUAGCUGUUUGAGAUUAUUUCGCUGUCGACGCUCGGAACGUGUUGUUUUCUUUCGGCAGACGUUUAUAGGAGCUGUUAGCCUGCUAGCUAGCCUGCGCGUUAGCUAACGCUUCCAACCGAGGCAGAAGAAAAGUCCACUUUUGAGAUUUUUUACCGCAGGAUCGUCGCCCAGCUGUGGCACAAUGACAUCAAGGAAGAAAGUACUACUCAAAGUCAUCAUCCUCGGAGACUCUGGAGUUGGGAAGACCUCAUUGAUGAACCAGUAUGUGAAUAAGAAGUUCAGCAACCAGUACAAAGCCACAAUAGGUGCUGAUUUCCUGACGAAAGAAGUCAUGGUGGAUGACAGACUUGUCACAAUGCAGAUUUGGGACACAGCAGGUCAGGAGAGGUUCCAGUCCUUAGGCGUAGCGUUCUACCGUGGGGCUGACUGCUGCGUCCUGGUGUUUGACGUGACAGCGCCCAACACCUUCAAGACUCUAGACAGCUGGAGAGACGAGUUCUUGAUCCAGGCCAGCCCUCGAGACCCUGAGAAUUUUCCCUUUGUGGUACUGGGCAACAAGAUCGACUUGGAGAACAGACAGGUAACAACCAAGCGAGCACAGGCUUGGUGUCAAAGCAAGAACAACAUCCCAUAUUUCGAAACAAGCGCCAAGGAGGCAAUUAAUGUGGAGCAGGCUUUCCAGACUAUAGCACGCAACGCCCUAAAACAGGAGACCGAAGUGGAGCUGUACAACGAGUUCCCCGAGCCGAUAAAGCUGGACAGGAACGAGCGAGCCAAGCCGUCAGCGGAGACCUGCAGCUGCUGAGGACUCUGAAGAUCUUGAGGGGGGGUCGUCACUGCCCUCGCUACCCUGUCUUGCCUUGUCUAUAUAUCCCUUAUCCCAUGGCCCACUGUGUUAAUCCCUACUGCCCAACAUACAAGCAGCAUCCCACUCAUUGAGUAUACUACUACACACAAACAUGCUGCACUCACCUCCCUAUGUAUACAAAACACACAUUUUCUAUAAAAUAUGAAUCUCCUAGCCCAAAGAACAUCUUAAGGAAACAUUAUGGAAUUUACUUGUACGAUGCUUAUUACUUCCCAGUGUUUCCCACGUACUUUUUCAUGGCAGUGGUGGUUUGGGCUAACCUCAUUUUCAGUUCCAUAUAUUGCUGCUUUCACACCCAGUUUUGGUUCUAACUGCUUUUAUUUGGAUACUCUAAGUGGUAAAUCGAAACAUUAUGUCUACAUGUUUGUGUUGAUGAGUAAAGUUAGAAAACUAAUGUUUUUUUGUUUUUGUUUUUUUUAAUCAAAAUUUCUAUAGCAGUGGUGGUUGUUUUCUUACUUUCACAGCCCGUCACUGCUGCAUGAAUAGAGGAAACACUGCUCCCCCCUAUUUUACUCGUUUGUGUUGUGGCUUAAAUUUGUUUGAUUCUCAAAAAAACACUUGUUACCAUGGUUUCACUUUACCUCAUGCAGUCUAAAAAAACAAAAAGUCAGAGCUGAAGUAGUUAAGGAUGAGAACGUGGAUGUGGGUCACAUUAAUUUGCUGCCUGCUCAUUCACGGUAAUUAGCACAGAAUUGAAAAACCAGUUCCAUGACAAGCCCACCAGACAAGUGUGUACAGUUUUUUUUCUUUAUUUUGCACUUUGCUGUCAUCUAUAUUUACUGAAAACUUGUUCAGACAUCUCAUUUUGGAGCCACAAUAAAUGCAAUUGUAGCUCAGGUCAAGGACAUCAUGUGAAUCUAGACUUGGCUCCUUGAUGUAAGUGCGGUCCAGAACACGUUAGAUGCUGUUCCUCUAUUGGGGAAAUGAAGGUUCACCUUGUAAUCAGUCAUUCUUUAUACAACAUUUGAUGUGGGAAUGAACCAAAUUAAGACAGCAUGUCAUUCUACCUGAUAGUCCUGGAGAGGAGAGAUUUUUCUCAAGUAUAAACAUCUUUCAUAACUGAUGCUAUUAGUUAGUUUUACUGUCAACUAUUGCAAGACUUUGUAUAUUUGCAAACCUCUCAAUCAUUGUGUGGGGGAAGGCAAAAAGUUGUGUUGUAAAUCUCCAUAUCUGACUCUGCCAGUUGCUCGUGUUGGCAAACAAUUUAAGUGCUUGACAUUUC